AGAUAAGCCUGGUCCCACUGCAGCCCUUCCCCCAGGAGAAGCUAUUAAAAGGCAGCUGGUUUCUGCUGGUUGUGUGCUCCCUUUUUCCUGUCACAUGCCUGGCUGUCCCAGUGUCACCUCCUCCUGUCCCAUGUCAAAAGGGGGAAGAAUUUGAGGAUCUUGGAGCAGCUCUGAUGACUUCCAGGCAGCCGGAGACCUCGGACACCUCUGCAGGGAUCACGUUGUGUUUGCUGUGCCGGGACAGACCGUCCCUGUGCAGCACCCGCGGCACGUGUGUGGCCUGGCGGAGGUGCCGGGCGGCCACAGCCAUGUGUGCCAGGAUAGCCCAGCAGGGGCUGAGCCGCUGGGGCCACGUGGCCCUCGCUGUCUGGGCACAGCCGUGUCCUUGCUGCAGCCUCUGUGCUCAUGUUGAGCUGUGGCCACACAGCUGGCAGGAGCUGGCACAUCCCUUCUAGGGGGAGCUUGCCCCUCUUUGGGCUUUUUGUAGCUGUGGUGUUUGGGGCACAGAAGGACGGUGCAGGUGCUCAGCGUGUCCCAGGAGUCAGGUGCCUGGAUGAGGCUCAGCGAGGCAGCAGGAAGGCCGCCAGGUCCUGACUGUCCUCUCCAGCAGGCACAGCCCUGCAGGGAGCCUCCCUCCUGCCCCGGUCCCCCAGGGCGGCCAGGACCAUGCCAGGCCCCUGUGUCUGGCUGCAGAGGGAUGAGAGACCCGGUGCUGCAUCCUGGCGGGGAGGGGAGGGCAGCAGCGAUGGUGCAGCCCCACCAUCCAGCUGGUCUCGCAGGGGUGGACGCCCAGGUCCCCAAGGCAGCGGUAAUCAGUGACAAGCUCUGGGGCAAGGGUCGCUGCCUGCCCAUAAACGACCUGUGCUGGACAUGCCUGGGAAGCCGGGGGCAGGAGGAGCUGCCCACCCUUGUGCCCCGAUGCAGGCAGGAUGCUGGGGCACUGCGGGGCUUUGCUGCCCUCCUCUGCCCACCCAUGCCGGGGCCGCCUGGCCAAUUCCCUGCUGGUGCCGCCAGCUUUGGCCACAGACCCCAGAAAACCACCUGGGUUCUGCUGGGCUGGGGCUGGGGCAGGGGCUGGGGCACACUGUGCUUGCAGCUGGAGUCGGUGGAUUUGGGCAGUGCCGGCGCUCAUAAUGAGCUGCGUUCAGCCCCUUCCCCAGAACCAGCCCAGUCCUCGCCACGUACACCUUCAGGGCGUGCCAGGCACCUGCAGCCGUGCAGGGCUGGGCUUGCUGGGGCUCUGCUGGCCUUUCUGGCUUUUGCUUGCUGUGAGUCUUUCCCAGUGACUCCCAAGGCCACAAGAACAUAUCCCCCCCCCCCCCCCAGGCCGUAGUGCAGCUGCUUGUCCCUGGGGCACCGGCAGGGCCAAGCUGCCCUUCGUCCCCAGGGCCACCACAGCCCCACGCGGUGCGGCACCCACCCCGCUCAGCUGCGUGCGGGGACACCGUGGUGGCCGGAGCAGCCCCUGGCAAACGUGAGCGACGUGCCCCAGGUCAGGUGUGAAAUGAGGCUGAGCACAAACAGCUCCGGGCGGGGUGCACAGGGGCUGCUUCCUCCUGGUGAGCUCGGCCUAAACCAAAAUGAUGCUAAUGAAAUGACCAACACAUUGCAUUUAGGAAAUAAUUACAGUAUCGCGGCUCUGUAAAGGAAAAGGAAUUUGAAUAAAGCAUUCUGUCGCGCAUCACAGGGCCAUGGGCAGAACAUGCAGCCACCCCAAAUGCUGCGUGGGCGUGCGUUAGGGUUGAUAACCCAUCCACUGUGCACACCUGGUGGGACCUUCGGGGUCCAGCCCUGCUUUUGGGAUCACUGGGGCAUUUGGAGCUGCUGGGACAGCCCCAGGCCCCACCGAGCCCCUUCCCCGGGGCAGCUGCGGGUGCAGGAGGAGGAGCGUGCUGCUCCAGUGCCGCCGGGCACCCCGGGGCCGGGCUGAAGUUCAGCCACUCUCAGCCCCCGCCUCGUGGGGCACGGCCAUCGCCCGCCUCCAGCCUUCAAAAGCAGGUGUGGCCGCGUCGCGCUGCCUGGGAGCGCCAUGGCGGCGGGGACGGAGGCCAGCGGGGAGUGCGGGAUCUGCUACGAGGCGUACCGGGGGGCCGGGGGGGCCCGGGCGCCCCAGCUGCUGCCCUGCCGCCAUUCCCUCUGCCAGAGCUGCCUGCGCAAGCUGGUGUGCCGCGCCGCCGCCGUCGCCUUCGUCAGCUGCCCCUUCUGCAGGAUGGUGACGCUGGUGCCGGAGCUGGCCCUGGGUGGCUGUGGAGCGACACCGGCCCUGGGGACCCCGCAUGGCGCCCAGCUGCCGCCCAGGGAGGAGGAGGAGGAAGAAGGCAGCAGUGCCCCCGCAGGUGCCCACCAGGCCCCAGGGCGCUCGGUGGCCGUGGAGGUGGCGUGCGCAGCCCACGCGCCCGUCUUCGCGGUCUGGAGGGGGAGAGGGGGCUCUUGUCUGGCACCGCAGCCCCUGCUGGAGUCCCAACUCGCCUCCAGGCAGCCGGGGCAGACCCAGGUGGGGCAGGGGCUUCAGGCUCAGUCCCAUCGUGCGCUUUGGAUCCCAGUGAGACAGGCAGGGAGAGGACAGAGUAUGGGCUCAGCUUCCCCCAGGAUCCAGCCCAGCUGUGUGGGGGCUGCAGUGCACUCAGCCGUGGCCACUAGCAGCACCGACAUGGACGCCAAGGCAUCAGCCUCUUUAAAAAUUAACUUAUUUCAGAGCUUGCCUUCACCCCCCUUGGGUCUGGCCGAGCUUGUGUUGAGCUUACGACUUUCCUGGAGCCUCUGGACACACUGGUCACAGCUCAGCAGGAGUCGCGGCUGCCUGCUGUGACAGUCCCCAGGACUGGAAAACGCCGGCUGCAUCCACAUCGGGGACCUGAGAGAGGGCCCACGGCCUGUGGGCGACCGUCCCCAUGGGGGGCUUUGAGUGUGCGUGCUCUGCAGGGUGGGGAGGAUGAUCCAUGGGCAGCUGGUGGAUACCUUGGUGCACUCCAGCCGUCAGAGCUUGCUGCCAUCCAUCCCGUCAGGACUUCAGGACAAUAUGAGAGGGGAUGGGAAAGGUCCUGCAUUGUUUUCUGUUGGUAAAACAUUGUUAAAAAACAGCUUUUCAAUGCUUCUCCUCAUGGUGCACAGAGUGGAGCCACAAAGCCUGGUUGGUGCAGGUGUAUGCAGAGAGAGGCAGCACCUGGGGAAGGGCACUGCCCAGGAGAGAUGAAACAUUAAAGAUGUACUAAAGG